AUGCAUUCAAACUCUCAGUGUUCUGCACUUCGUCUUCAAGUUGAAAUAUAUGGAACUUUUAGAUUUUUAACAUGCAUUAACGAUAUUAACCUUGAGAUUCAAUCUCUCUAUGAAUAUUUAGAAGAAGAAUUAUUCUCCAACUAUGCUGUACAUUUUAAGAUAUUGAUUAUUAAAGAUGGUAAUCAUAUCGCACUACCUGUAAAUUCAAAAGUAAAAGACUGCCUAAAGAACAUGGAUCAAGUCUAUCUCUUUGUAAGAUUCAAAACACAACAAGAAAGAAAACAAACCAUUCAAAAACUAUUCCAACAACAAAAACAAUCAACCAACAUUAACAAUAACAACAACAACAACAAUAACAACUCCAACAAUAAUAGCAUGUAUGCUAAAAUAUUACAACGUCGUAUUAGUAAUAGUGAAAUGCCAACGAUAAACUCUGCUUUGGCACCAAACAACACAUCACCUCUCCUUGUAAAUAGUCGUCAACCAUUCUCUUCAACAACUAUCUAA